AUGUCGAACCUCACUGAUCAAACCGCAUCGACGAGUGCACCUCCCGAGACCACAACCGAAGCCACGUCCGGGGCCUCGGCCGCCGCUGCGGGCGAAGAGGGUCCGUCGUCGUCGACCGAGCCACCGUCGGCCCCCUCGACCACGGCGGCGGCCACGACGAGCGCCACCGGCCCGAGUGUGACCAAGGCGAGUGUGACUUCGACCCCACCUGCUGCGACCGCUGCUGCACCUCAGACCUCCGAGUUCGCUCAUGCUGCUCUCAAGAAGUGAGUCGGCUUGGUGGCACCUGUGCUGCGGGGAAGGGGCCGCAUUCCCAUCCCGCCCUCGAACCGGCCAUCUCACCCGUUCGAACCUCGACCUCGGGGCAGCAUCGCCUGACUUACGCUUGGACCUCUGGCCCGCAUUCCCCAUUCCCCAGGUUCAAGCUCGUGUUUUUGGGAGAACAAAGCGUCGGCAAGACCAGUCUCAUCACUCGGUUCAUGCAAGUCUCAUGCUACAUGAGAAACCGCAGCCGCCGCUUUCACCCUGCUCAGUCCCCGGCGCCCAUCCCCCCUACCAGGUAUGACACGUUCGACAACACCUACCAAGCCACCAUUGGUCAGUCCGAGUCGACACGUCAUCACAACGAAGAACUCUGGCUCACCGGUGUCGUCAUUCCCCCGCAGGCAUCGACUUCCUCUCCAAGACCAUGUACCUCGAGGACCGAACCGUACGAUUGCAGCUCUGGGACACCGCCGGACAGGAACGCUUCCGCUCCCUGAUCCCUUCCUACAUCCGAGAUUCCUCCGUCGCCGUCGUCGUGUAUGACAUCACGAGUGCGUCUUUCGACCGGUCACAGCCUUGAGCACUUGGGAGAUUUGAGGCUGACCUGAGUCCCACCUAGAUCGUACCUCGUUCAUGAACACGAACAAAUGGGUCGAGGACGUUCGUUCGGAGCGAGGUAACGACGUCAUCAUCGUCUUGGUCGGUAACAAGACCGACUUGAACGACAAGCGGUCAGUGCUAGCAUCCAUACGUCUCAUUCGGGGAGGGCAUUCUCCUGAUCUGAUCCCGAUCCUCAAUCGCAUACUUGACGACCCACAGACAAGUGACAACAGAAGAGGCCGAGACCAAAUCCAAGGAGAUGAACGUCAUGUUCAUUGAAACCUCGGCCAAAGCGGGACACAACGUCAAGCCUUUGUUCAGGAAGAUCGCGCAGGCGCUGCCGGGGAUGGAGAGGGAGGGCGAGCAGGCGCAUGGCGCAAAUCAGAGUGAGUCGGAAGUGGUAGUGCGUUGGGAGGCGAUAAGCAGGCUGUACCUGGAUACUGACCGAGCUGGGGCUGCUAUUCUUUCAACAGUGAUUGAUGUGUCGAUCACACCGACGAACACGACCGAGAAGGAGGGAGGGUGCGCGUGCUAA